GGACAACCUGGGGUUGUCCCCAGAGUCCCCCCCCCGCCCCAUCCGCCCUGCCCAGGGAUCGGUGCCCACCACCAAAAACCUCCCGCAGGGGUCAAGCGCGGCUCCAGCUCCGAGCCCUGGGCUCCCGGUGUCCGUGUUGCUCCCACUGUCUGAUCCCAGUGGAGCGGGAUGAAGCUGCUGGUUUCUGUCACCUUCCUGGCUGUGGUGGCACUGGGACACCCUGACCCUGCUCUGGACUGGCACUGGCAGCUCUGGAAGAAAACCUAUGGCAAGGAGUAUCGCCACGAGGUGGAGGAAGGGAACCGGCGCGUCAUCUGGGAGAGGAACCUGUGGCUGGUGACGCUGCACAACCUGGAGCAGUCCCUGGGGCUCCACUCCUACCAGCUGGGCAUGAACCACCUGGCAGACAUGACCAGGAAGGAAGUUGAGGCUCUGCUAACGGGGCUGAAGGUUCCUCCUCAGCUGAAGGUGACCUCCCAGCACCGACGGCAGCUGGGCAACCCAGUCCCAGACACGAUGGACUGGAGGGAGAAGGGCUGUGUCACCGAGGUGAAGAACCAGGGUUCGUGUGGGUCGUGCUGGGCCUUCAGCGCCGUGGGGGCCCUGGAAGCCCAGGUGAAGCUGAAGACAGGGAAGCUGGUGUCCCUCAGCCCCCAGAACCUGGUUGACUGUUCCACCAUGUACGGGAACAAGGGCUGCAGUGGGGGCUUCAUGACCAGCGCUUUCCAGUACAUCAUUGACAACGAAGGCAUCGACUCGGAUGAGUCCUACCCCUACAAGGCUGAGAAUGGGACCUGCCAGUACAACGUGUCUGCCCGGGCUGCCACCUGCUCCAGGUACGUGGAGCUGCCCUACGCCGAUGAGGAGGCCCUGAAGGACGCGGUGGCCAACGUUGGACCUGUCUCCGUUGCCAUUGAUGCCACCCAACCCACCUUCUUCUUGUACAGGUCAGGGGUGUACGAUGACCCCCGGUGCACACAGGAGGUGAACCACGGCGUGUUGGCCGUCGGCUACGGCACCUUGGACAACAAGGACUACUGGCUGGUGAAGAACAGCUGGGGUGUGCAUUUUGGGGAUGAAGGCUACAUCCGUAUGGUGAGGAACCAGGAGAACCAUUGUGGAAUCGCCAGUUAUGCCUCCUACCCCCUCAUCUAGAUGGACCCAGAGGCUCUGGAGCAUUGGUGGCUUCACCACAGCCACUGGCCAAGGGCUCUGCUGAAGCCACCAACUCUCACGUGGAUCUACUGGCUUCAAGAAUCAUUUUCUGGCUCUGGGAGCAACGUCCUUCAGUUGGCUCAGCCCCUCCUGUGGCUUGGGAGGGAGACCUUUCCACGGGAGGAUUUGGGAAUGUGAUUUACAGGCACCAAGUGACUUCUUUUUUUUUUUUUUUUUGGGGGGAAAGGGCUUUUUCAGAGUAAAACUGUGAUAUGGAUGGUUCGAACAGAGAUGGUGGGACCUUCUCUCCAGCUGAGGGUUGGGUCCUGCCCUGGGAGGUGGAUCUCAUGUGACGUUGAUGGAAUUUGCAGAAUCUCUUUCAAAAAUAAAAGACUGAUUUCGCUGUCCCAAAA